AACAACAUCAUUUCAUUAAUGUUUAAUCAAUUUUCAAAACGACAUCGUUUAUCGAGUUAAUAGAUGUACAUGUUAAACAAAACUUAUCAGGUUUCUAAAAUGAUCUAAUCAACAAAAAAUUAUUGUUAAAAUGACUAAUAUUUGAAAGUUACAGUAUUUUUUUGGUUUAAAUAUGAGUUCAAGUUUUUUUUGGAUAUAAUUUGUUUUCUCAGUUUUUAAGUGAGCGUGACUGAAUUUCCAGGAUAAAUUCCGAAACUUUCAUAGUAAUUAAUCCCAUGGUAAUAUAUAGGACAAAUAAACCGAACCCAAAAAUCCGAACCGAACCUGAUCCGAUGAAAAUGAGUCCAAACCGAUCCGAAGCCGACAUAAAUACCAAACAGAUCUUGUUUUAUGGUAUUUUGGAUUAUGUGUAUUAUCUGAACCUGAACUUAAAUGAAUAUCCGAUAGAAUCCGAAACAUUCAAAAUCCCAAAUAGAAACUUGUACCAAAAGUGAUCUCAAUUCCCGAUAUAUAUCCAAAAUACACUAAAAUAUUAUCAAACAUCUAAAAUAAUUAUAUAUUACACGAGGAUUGAUGAUUGAAACUUGAAAGUGACGGAUGAGGCUUGAAAUUUUUAGAUUUUGGUUUUGUUUUCAUUGAAUAAUUUUUUUAUUUCAUGAUAAUUUAGUUUUUUUUUAUGCUUUCAUUUAUUGGUUUUCUUUCUAUCAAUACAUAUGUUUUCCUUUCGUUUGAUUUUAAAUGAUCAUGUUUGAUGUUUUUGUCUUAUUUUUGAAUCGAUUGUACUUAUGUUUCGAUCACAAAUUAGGUACAAAUCAAGUGCUUAGAAACCGAAUAACAGAUUUUACUUAUGUUUUGGUUACAAAAUAUGUAUAAAACAAGUACUUUAAAACCAAAUGGCCGACUGGGACCUGAACCCGAAAGUACAUUGGAUUGUACUUGGUCCUUGAAGAUUUACUAACCCGAUAAUAGAGUUCGAACCGGUCCCAAACCGAGCUUUCAUAUAAUCUGAAUGGGACAGAUCUUUAUAAAUCUAAAAAAUCAAGACUCGAUUGGACAAAACCGAAACCCGAUUGAGACCCCAAACUCCCAUGCCUAGCAAUAUACGUAAAAGUGUAUGAAAUGACAAUAUAGCAACAGUUGUGGGCCUGUAAUGCUACUUUGGGCUGUUAAUGAAAUAUUGACAGAAAGCAAUAGUUGUGGGCCAAUAAAGCAAAGACUCCUGAGAAAUGAGAAUCAAUCUGACACGGAUUGGUUUAAAACAAUUUGGUUCAGUUGAUAAACCGAACCGGUGAAUCCUUCGCCGGUUAGGUGUUGAGGUUUAACCACUUUUCUCCUGGGAGAGAGAUUGAGAAACGAAAGCUCAAAGCUUUCACCACCAUGAGGAGAUCGAUCUCUUCCAAAGCCAAGUCCUUUCUCCAUCGAAACCUCCCGGAGAAAGCUAACCCACCGUCGCACCCACUUCUCAAUUCACGACGAGCUUACACUAGCAGUAGCAACAACAACACAGAUUACAAAGAGACAUUACGAAACAAGCUUCGCCACAUGAACCUAGACGACUCCCUCGAACUCUUCUUCCACAUGAUCCAAUCUCAUCCCCUUCCUUCAAUCGCCGACUUCAGCAGGCUGCUAACUGCAAUCUCCAAGCUAAACCGCCACGACGUCGUGAUCCACCUCUACGAGCAGAUGGAGAUCCUCGGCGUCCCUCACAACCUCUACACCUACAACAUUCUCGUAAAUUGUCUCUGCCGCUGCUCGAAACUCUCUCAAGCUUUAUCCUUUCUAGCGAAAAUGAUCAAGCUUGGGCACACCCCGAGCGUCGUCACGUUCGGGUCCCUCCUCGGCGGGCUCUGCCGCGGCGGGAGGGUGAGCGAGGCGCUGCGUUUGUUUGGUAAGAUGGUGGAGAUUGGGGUUAGACCUAAUGUGGUUAUCUACAACAUUGUGAUCGAUGGGCUUUGUAAGAGCCGCCACGUGGAUAAAGCUUUGGACUUUUUUAAUCAAAUGGAGGUUGUUAGACCUGAUGUAGUUACAUACAACUCUCUUAUCUCUGGACUUUGUAACGCGAGUAGAUGGGGUGAGGCUUUAAAGAUGGUGAGGUGUAUGAGUGAGAGUGGUCUUAGCCCUGACGUGUUUACUUUCAACGCGUUGAUUGACGCUUGUGUGAAAAGAGGGAGUCUUUCAGAGGCUGAGGAGCUUUACGAGGAGAUGGUUAGAAGGUCUCUGGAGCCUGAUGUUGUGACUUACAGUUUGCUUAUCGAUGGGCUUUGUGUGUGUAGUCGGUUAGAUGAAGCGGAGCGGAUGUUUGAGUAUAUGGUUAGCAGACGCUGCUUCCCUGAUGUGGUGACUUAUAGUAUUCUCAUUAACGGGUUUUGCAAGUCUAGGAAGGUUGAUUAUGGGAUGAAGCUCUUCUGCGAGAUGUCUCGGAGAGGGGUUGUUAGGAAUGUGGUGACUUAUACUAUUCUUAUCCAGGGGUAUUGUUUAGCUGGGAAGGUUAAUGUGGCUGAAGAGAUUUUUAAAAGGAUGGUUGUUUCUGGUGUGUCUCCUAAUAUUGUGACUUACAAUGUUUUGUUGCAUGGUUUGUGUGAUAAUGGGAAGGUGGAGAAAGCGUUGGUGAUGUUGGAGGGUAUGGAGAAGAGUGGGAUGGAGGGUGAUAUAGUUACGUAUAAUAUCAUUAUCCGUGGGAUGUGUAAAGCUGGUGAGGUUGCAGAGGCUUGGGGUUUGUAUUGUAGCCUUAAUCUCAAGGGACUUGUGCCUGAUAUUUGGACAUACACUACGAUGAUGUUGGGGUUGUAUAAGAAGGGCUUACGGCGUGAGGCUGAUGCGUUGUUUAGGAAGAUGAAAGAAGAUGGGAUCUUACCAAAUGAAUGUUGUGUGUAGUGAAGCUUUAGUUUAGGACUAAGUGAAUCAUCUAACUCAGGGGAGCUUGCAAGAUUAAGUCAGGCUCCUUCCUGUGAGAUGCUUGCCCCUGGAAAGAUCAGGCAGAUCUUUCGAAGCCGAGGUUGGGAUACUCUGAGAUGAGCUAACACAUGUUCAUAUUUAUUAGGAGAAACCAUAGAGAUCCCAGGGGACUUGGGACUUAUAGACGGCAGAGACUACAGAAUCAAAGCUCACAUCAUAUCUGUAUCAUGUGUCUCUCUUAGAGGAUGUUUUCCAUUGGAAUGAGAAACUCAGGUCUCUCAAAACCACGUUGAGGUUUCAUGAGAAGAGCUGAACCUAUCGGACGGGGCCAUGUUAUUAGUCGCUGACUGAAAGUUGAAAAUUGUACAUUACAUUCUUUCUUAUACUGUACACCAAUCAAUGUUUUGAGUGUCUGUAUCAAUUUUUGGUAUGCAAAGUUCUUGUACCAUUUUUUUUUGGCAAAUGUCUGAGCGUGUUCAGAUAUGAGAAAAUAACAGAAAGUGUAUGUCAAAUCAGAUGAAAAGACGAGCUUCAAUUA